AUGAUCAAAAUCGCUAGCUAUAACAAGUUGCUGAUACGAGUAUUAGUAGUAAUAAGUGCUAUAAUUAAUGCCAUUAUAGAAGUGAUUAAAAACAUAUUCGGUAUAAGAAGGAGAUGUGAAAGUAGGACACGACUCGACCAUAAGGUGGUUGUCCUCACCGGUGGUAAUACAGGCAUUGGGAAGGAGACGGCCUAUCAGUUGACAUUACGUGGGGCUAAGGUAAUCAUUGGUUGUCGUGAUCUGAAUAAGGGAAGGGAUGCUGUCCAACACAUCCGCUCUUUGAACCCAAAGGCAAACAUCAGUUUAAUUCAAUUGGAUUUGUCUUCACUUUCAUCGGUGCGAGAGUUCGCCAAAUCAGUGGCGGAACAAGAGUCCAGAAUCGAUAUCCUUAUAAAUAAUGCCGGAGUUAUGAUGUGUCCCGAGUUGGCCACCGAAGAUGGCUUUGAGAUGCAGUUCGGGACCAAUCACUUGGGCCACUUUUUGCUAACUUUAUUACUAAUUAAUUUACUCAAGAAGUCAGUGAACGCCAGAGUAAUCAACGUCUCAUCGGCCGCACACUUAACCGGAAAAAUAUUUUUCGAUAACAUAAACCUGAGAAACGGCGCCUACAGUCCAGUGAAAGCCUACAGUCAAAGCAAAUUAGCGAAUGUCUUAUUUACUCGAGAACUCGCCAAACGAUUGGGUCCUAAAUGUAAUGUUAAGACAUAUAGUCUUCACCCGGGGAUUGUGUACAGCGAUUUGGGUCGUCAUCUGCCCCUACAGUUUGUCAUCACUUAUGUUCUUCGGGUGAUUAGUAUUAAUGUUGAGUUAGGCUCUCAGACCACACUCUACUGCGCCCUCGAACCCAGUCUUGACAACGAAUCGGGACUUUAUUACGAUGAUUGUCAUCGCAUCGAUAAAAUGACUGCAAACGCAACAAAUGAUGAAAACGCCGAAAACCUAUGGAUAAUGAGCUGUGAUUUAAAAUGCAAAAGUAAUAAACGACUUGAUGGACAGGUAGUUGUAAUAACGGGUGCCAACACUGGUAUUGGCAAAGAGACUGCUCUCCAAUUGUCAUUACGUGGCGCUAAGGUGAUCAUUGGAUGCAGAGAUGUGCAAAAGGGCGAGAAUGCGGUCCAAGAUAUUAAGAAUGAGAAUCCGGACGCAAACAUAAUUGUCAUGAAAUUGGAUUUGUCUUCACUUUCAUCGGUGCGAGAGUUCGCUAAAUCAGUUGCGGAACAGGAGUCCAGAAUAGAUAUCCUUAUCAAUAAUGCAGGAGUUAUGAUGUGUCCCGAGUCUACCACCGAGGAUGGCUUUGAAUUACAACUCGCAACCAAUUAUCUGGGACACUUUCUGUUGACCCACUGUUUACUACCAUUACUGAAGAAGUCACCGAAAGCAAGAAUCCUUAAUAUAUCGUCAAUUUGUCAUAUUAUGGGAAAAAUACAUUUUGAAAACAUAAACUUAAAGAAUGGUGUUUAUAGACCAUUGAAAGCCUACAGUCAAAGCAAAUUAGCCAUCAUUUUGAGCACUAGAGAAAUGGCCCGAAGAUUAGGUGCUGAGAGUACUAUUAAUGUGUAUAGUCUUCAUCCGGGAGUUAUUCACACUGAGAUUUCCCGACACUUUCCGUUAUAUUUUUAUUUAUUCAUUAAAAACUUCAUGAUAUCAAUUGAGUUGGGGGUUCAGACAACUCUGUAUUGUGCCCUCGAGGACAGUCUCCAAAAUGAGUCCGGAGAUGUCCAAAAGGGUGAGACGGCUGCCCAAUACAUCAGAAUUAAGAAUCCAAAGGCAAAUGUAAUGGUAAUGAAAGUGGAUUUGUCUUCACUUUCAUCGGUGAGAGAGUUCUCCAAAUCAGUUGCAGAACAAGAAUCCAAAAUAGAUAUCCUAAUCAAUAACGCCGGAGUGUUUGGAUGUCCUGAGUCUCAGACUGUUGAUGGCUAUGAAAUGCAUUUUGGGACCAAUCACUUGGGUCAUUAUCUGUUGACACUGUCUUUACUACCAUUACUAAGAGAGGCACCAAAAGCCAGAAUAGUGAACGUUUCGGCGGCACUUCAUAUUUACGGCAAAAUACACUUUGAAAACAUAAACCUACGAAACGGCGCCUACACUCCACUCGUGGGUUACGCUCAGAGCAAAUUGGCUAACAUUAUGUUCACACAGGAAUUGGCCCGAAGAUUAGGACCCAAUAGCUCUGUAACGGCUUAUAGUCUACACCCGGGAGUCAUAAUCACUGAAUUACAGCGAAAUCUGUCGAAAUUUCUCAAAUAUCUCCUCAGCUUCUUCACGGUGUCCAUUGAAAUGGGAGUCCAAACCACACUCUAUUGUGCUCUCGAAGAAAGUCUUCAAAAUGAGUCCGGAUUUUACUACGAUGAUUGCAGUCGUGUUAAUCGUAUGAUAUCUCAAGCAAGUGAUGUCGAGUCGGCUAAAAAACUUUGGGAAUUGAGCUCUGAUUUAUUAUUCAAGAAUAUACUGAAUAUUAGAAGAAAAUGUAGGAGCGAUACAAGACUUGAUGGAAAGGUAGUGGUGAUAACCGGUGCCAACACUGGUAUCGGCAAAGAGACGGCACUGGAACUGUCAUUACGAGGCGCUAAGAUAAUAAUUGGUUCGCGAGAUGUGGACAGAGGAAAGAGAGCCGUUCAAGACAUCCAACUCAAGAAUCCAAAGGCAAACAUAAUUGUCAUGAAAUUGGAUUUGUCUUCACUUUCAUCGGUCCGACACUUCGCUAAAACAGUUUCCCGCGAAGUGUCCACUAUUGACAUCCUUAUGAAUAACGCCGGAGUGAUGGCGUGUCCCGAGUCUACCACCGAAGAAGGCUUUGAGAUGCAGUUCGGAACCAAUCAUUUGGGCCAUUAUCUGCUGACCCUAUCACUGAUGCCUUUAUUGAAGAAGUCGCUGAAAGCGAGGAUAAUAACUGUCUCAUCGAUAGCUCAUAUGUCGGGAAGCAUUCACUUUGAAAACAUAAAUCUCCGAAACAAGGCGUACGACCCGAUGACAGCCUACAGACAAAGCAAAUUAGCGAAUAUACUCUUCACGCGACAACUCUCCCGAAGAUUAGGUCCCAAAAGUAAUAUCAAUGUCUAUUGUCUUCAUCCGGGAAUCAUUAGGACUGAGUUAUGGCGACACAACUCCAGUAGUCCAGUCAAGAGGUUGUUACACAAGUUGUUGCUAAUUGACUCGCGACUGGGUGCUCAGACAUCCCUGUACUGCGCCCUCGACAACAGUUUGGACAACGAAUCGGGAUUUUAUUAUGAUGAUUGUCGUCGAGUCGAUGAUUGUUGUAUGGUUCCGGUGGCCAGGGAUGACAACACUGCAGAACUGUUAUGGAAUUUGAGCUCUGAUUUGGUUAAACUUGAAGAUCACUUCAAACUCGAUUUAAUUAAAUAACUCUUUAAUCACUAUUAAGAGUAUAAACGUGUCAACACAUCAAUAAUUGUAUGUUUGUUACAAGAAUUUGUAUAUCAAUGUGUAAAGGGAUGGGAACGACAUAACAUGACAGGACAGGACAUAUCGCUUAUAUAAACGAUGAAACAGACUUUAGGGAAUAACUUGAGAAUCUAAUUGACU